UCCACUACCACUGCAUACACUACAGUCAUAUACAGAGUACAGUACACCCACCAACCCACCACUGCAGGAGAGAAGGAACAUCCCGUCCUUUCUCUCCUACGAAACCAUGCGGCCAUGCCCAGGAAACCCAAUCUCCUCAACCAGAGCGGCCUACAGUUCCUGAACGCAAGCUAUUGCUCGCACUUCCCCGCUCGGCGGCACCAUUGCCAGCGCUACGCCACCAGCAGCACCAAGUCCAACCCCAACUCUCACGACCUAACAUGGCCAACAAGCCCAACCUUCACCCCCUACGACCUCUUCCAUCUGGACCGAAAAGCUCCCUACACGAAAACACGAUACUAUGAACUCGUGAAAAUCUACCACCCGGACCGCUCCUCACCGAGCAGCCCGAGCAGCGGCAGCGGCAGCACCAGCAACCAUCAACCACACCCCCUCCUCCAAAACCUCACCCCGGAGGUCCGCAUCCAACGGUACCACCUCCUCGUCGCCGCGCACGAGCUCCUCUCCGAUCCCGCCCGACGAGCAGCGUACGACCAGUUCGGCACGGGAUGGAACGUCCACCGCCCGGACCGCCACCACGCUGCCGCCGACGAGCACCCCGAAAACGAGGUCCCGCCGUGGGCCCGCCCGGGCUCCAAGGACUACGGGCCCAUCUUCGCCAACGCCACCUGGGAGGACUGGGAGCGGUGGCACAACCGCCACCAAGGGCGGCAGCAGCACAUGGUGGACAACCGGACGUUCAUCUCGUUUGUGGUGCUGCUCACGCUGCUGGGCGGGGCGCUGCAGGCGUCGUGGAUCAGUCAACUCAGCAGUGGGUAUGAGGAGCGGUUGUGGGAGGUCACGGAGCAGUCGGAGCGGUUCCUGAAUGGGCGCCGGGAGAAGUCGGUCGUCGCGGAGCGGGGGAAGGGGCUCGAGGAGAAGGUGCAGCGGUUCUUGUUGGAUCGGGAUCCCACCGGGGUGGGGUUGAAGGGGGAGGAAGGGGAGGUUUAUCGGGGGGACGGUGAUGGGGUCCAGGAUCAAUCGUCUACUUCUCCAUCGGGGGAGCCGGAGACGGCUCCAUGAGUUAGACUUAUUGUUGAGUAUUUGGAUAUGUCAUUGGAGCAGCUUGUGGACGUUUACCGUACAUGUGGCGAGCCUUGGAGCAUUUCUCGCGGCCCGACGGGAGCAAAGCUCGCCAUCGCAGGCAAUUAAAAAGUAGUCAAUUGGUCUCUUAAGAGAGAACACAAG